AUGGACGUCAUCACCCUCCUUCAAGGCGACGAGGCCUCUUGCCUCACUCCUCUCUUCCUCAUCCACCCCAUAUCUGGUGUUGCUCUGCCAUUCCUGCGCCUGGAGCCUCUGAGCGACUACGACGAGAGGCCCGUGUACGGUAUCACCAGCCCCGUCCACUGCCCUGGCGGCGAAAACUUCAAAUACCCCCCCAGCCUCAAGGCCCUAGCCGCGCUGUAUCUGCAGGAGAUCAGAGAUGUGCAGCCAGAGGGUCCGUAUCUGCUGGGGGGAUGGUCGAUGGGUGGCAUGGUCGCCAUGUUCAUGGCCCAGAUGCUCGAGACCAUGGGUGAGGAAGUGCUCAAGGUCAUCAUGAUCGACUCGGCCAACCCGGAAGUGUUUCCCAACUUUUCUUCGCCCGAGGAGCACCGUGAGUUUGCCAAGGCAACGUUUGAGAGGACGCUUUCAGCAGGCGGCCUCCAGCCCGACACUCCCAGCGAGCCGUCUUCUCCAAUACUGUCGCCUCUGGACUACGAAUCCGACGUGGACGACUACGACCCCAUGGCCUGCAGCGGCCGCUUCUCGCCCACGUGGCGAAGUGCCUCGAGCUCCAACACAACAGUCACGUCAAGUGCUUCCAGCAUCUUCGACCAGGCGAGCCCCUUGAUGUCGGACGGGUCACUCCUCUCGCCCGAGUGCAUGAGCGACGAGUCUGACUUUGACUUUUACGAUGACGACUGCGAUUCCGACUUUGACGACGCCGGCGAGCCGCCCCAAGUGAGGGACUUUAUGCGCCAGAUGAAGCUACACGUACACCACGGGCUGGAGCUGAUUGCGGGCGUCGAGCCGGGCCAGCUGUUCGUACCGGGCCAAAAGUCCAACUUUGACGCAGUCCUCGUCAAGUGCACUUCGGAGCCCAUGGCCGUGGACCGCCGGUACGCCGACCACGAAGGCGUGCGCCUAAUCCAGACGGUCAUGCGCGAGAAGGCGAUGCGCUGGGACCCGGCUCAGUUCCGCAGCUUCGAAUCGAUUCCGUUCAGCGGCGACCACGACGGCGCCUUUCAGCCGCAGUACGUGGGCGAGUUGAGUGCCAUUCUGAGGGAGUGCGUCGAGGACCUGGACUGA